AUGGGAUAUGAUCACGUCAUACAAAAUAUUCCUAAUCGGAGCCACCAGAUGACACAAUGGCGACCAGUGCUUCCUGACACCGAGUUACCAGUUGUCAGCUGCACGUCAAGACAAAGCCCUGUGUCAGCUCUACGUCAAGACAAAGCCCUGUGUCAGCUGCACGUCAAGACAAAGCCCCGGUGUCAGCUGCACGUCAAGACAAAGCCCUGUGUCAGCUCUACGUCAAGACAAAGCCCUGUGUCAGCUCCACGUCAAGACAAAGCCCCGUGUCAGCUCUACGUCAAGACAAAGCCCCGGUGUCAGCUGUACGUCAAGACAAAGCCCUGUGUCAGCUCUACGUCAAGACAAAGCCCCGGUGUCAGCUCCACGUCAAGACAAAGCCCUGUGUCAGCUGCACGUCAAGACAAAGCCCUGUGUCAGCUCCACGUCAAGACAAAGCCCCGUGUCAGCUCUACGUCAAGACAAAGCCCUGUGUCAGCUCCACGUCAAGACAAAGCCCCGUGUCAGCUCUACGUCAAGACAAAGCCCUGUGUCAGCUGUACGUCAAGACAAAGCCCUGUGUCAGCUCCACGUCAAGACAAAGCCCUGUGUCAGCUCUACGUCAAGACAAAGCCCUGUGUCAGCUCUACGUCAAGACAAAGCCCCGGUGUCAGCUCUACGUCAAGACAAAGCCCUGUGUCAGCUCUACGUCAAGACAAAGCCCCGGUGUCAGCUCUACGUCAAGACAAAGCCCCGGUGUCAGCUGCACGUCAAGACAAAGCCCCGGUGUCAGCUCUACGUCAAGACAAAGCCCCGGUGUCAGCUGCACGUCAAGACAAAGCCCCGGUGUCAGCUGCACGUCAAGACAAAGCCCCGGUGUCAGCUGCACGUCAAGACAAAGCCCUGUGUCAGCUGCACGUCAAGACAAAGCCCUGUGUCAGCUGCACGUCAAGACAAAGCCCUGUGUCAGCUGCACGUCAAGACAAAGCCCUGUGUCAGCUGCACGUCAAGACAAAGCCCGGUGUCAGCUGCACGUUGUAA